AUGACGGGAGGAGCGCAGCACGUACCACUGCAACCGCAGACGUCGUCGACGGUCCACACUGCGCGUCUGCGGAACCUGAGCAAGCGCGUGAAGCUCCACUCGAAGCGCCUGCGACACGUCUGGCCCCGCAUCGCAGUGUUUCUAGCGCCAGUGGACGUUGUGGUCGUGAGCUCUGCGUGUCGUCACCUGUACCGACUGCUGGACAACGAUCGCGUCUGGCAGACGCAGUACGAUCGCGUGGUCCGACAGCAGGUGACGCGGCUGCUGGUCCCGCGCCUCGAGACGCGCUUUGACGCGACACUGCCAGUCAAAGAGAAGCUGCGACGGGUCAUUCGUGCUCGACAUGUCCGUGACCCUGCAAAUGUCCUGCAGCUGCGGCUGCGCGAGGCCGAGCAGAAGGCGUUUCGUGAAAAGCUGCAGCAGCGCAUAAUGCGACAUGUGGUGUGGAUGAAUGUACCGCUCGUGUUGGCAGUGUGCUGUCUGAGUGUAUGGAGCUACUCGACCGCGUCGCCGAAGAAGGACUAUUUGUCUGGGACUGCUGCAGCGCAGCUUCGCGGUACUGGCGUUGGCUUCGCUGCUCGGGAUCAUCCUGUGAAGAAGUUUGUGCUUCUGACAGACCUGUUACUGCUGGUCGCAGUCAUGGUUUUGAGCGUCGGUGACCUAGUGGGCAAAGCGCUGUACACUGUCGGCGUGCUAGUUGCAAUGGAGACAGUCAUGAUGCUGGUCGAGAUGGUAGCGUGGUCGUCGUCAGUUCAAGUCGCGCACGCCUUCCUCGUGCUUGUGGCUCUGGUUUUCAAUGCAGUGCUCGUGGCCAAAGAGAAGAGGGACUAUAGUCGCAAGCUUGCAGCAUUUCUGCCAUCGUGCUAA